CUUUAUUCCCACCACCAUCCUCUAACUUUCCAACGCAGUUCUAGAUCAGCUCGAAUUCAAGGCGACUAACUCUCUUUUAAAGCCUCUUCGGGUUCAGAUGGUUUAUUAGUGAAAAUUCUACCGAAUCGCCGGGUCGCUGGCUGUGGAGCCGCUUCCCUGCCAGAUGGCACCCUCCGCGUCGGCGGUUCCACUGUCUCUCGAGUUGAAGAGGAAACCGGAUUAUAACGCAUCAACUGUGGUAAGUCAGAACAAGUUAAACAUUCUAAACAGUACAAUGGAUACUAUCAAGGUCCCAUAACACAUUUUGAAUUUAUGAUCUGGUUGUCGAUCUAUGCGCGGUGUUGGCGGCAAGCUAAGAAGCCACCGCCACGCGACGGGUGAACGCGACCAGAGUCCCAAAUCCUAACAAUGACCUCAACUUCGAUUGGCCCCAAUAGUGUCUGUUCAAUCAUGCUGGAAAGGAAUGCGUUAUUCGACAAAAGCACUGACAAUUCAUCAGCCCAGAUCAUCGACCAAUAUUAUCGAGAUAUCUGAUGAUGACGAAGCAGACGCUAAUAAUUUCCCGAUUCCACCCUCAAAACGACAUCAACCUGCAUCGAGGUCUGUCAGAAACAGUGCAACUCCAGGUCCAUCGACGUCACGUGAUCACUCUCGCGGCUCUCCCCCCCAGCGCACACCAAUAUCCAACCCAGUUGCACCAUCGACUCCGAAUCCUUCACUCUUCACCAAUGGUAAAGCCAUUAAUUCAGUCUUCAAGACAUUAUCACCGAUUUCGUACCCGUCUGGUCGUCUAAAUGGAAAUGGCCUCAUCCGAUUGUAUGGCGAUGAGCCCGCAACCUCGCCGUCUGCCACUCCUGAUAGUGAGUCAGAAAGUGAGCUUGACUCUCAAGCCACAGACUUGCUACAACAGUUCCAAGGCAAGGCCCCUAGCAAGCCCAAGCCCUCCGCAGCCGUCAAGUCACGACCUCUGACCAAAAAUUCCAACCAUGCCGUCGAUAUGUCAUCACGUGAUACACCAACAAGGGACACCAAGGGCUCCUCGCAGCAACCGGACCAACUUUUAUCACCAAAUUCCAGACAGCGUCUGAUAUCGGUGGAAGUUCCUAUCCGAGUGGGCUCUGGACAUAAGCCACCUACGCCCUCGAGAUAUCCGCCAUCAUCAAAACCACAGACCUCUUCUCAUCAUUUUCUGGGGGUUGGCUCUGGCAAACCACAGUCAGGGUUCAAUCAUGAACGUUCAGCGUAUCCACCUGCAUACUUUAGUCCCCGGGUCGAGGUCGUCAUACCUAAUCGAGUGAACAGAAAGCAGUUACUUGCCGAACUGAAAAAGUCAACUGAGCCUGCAGAGAAACGUCUAUCUGAAGUGGAGCGCUGCUUUGGCCAAACCGGCUUCUCCAAGGCAUUCAGCGUCGAACCUGACUUGGAUCGAAUGCGAAAAUUGGCUUCUAAGAAGAAGAGAACCAAAGACGAUCUUGCCAAAGCACCUCCACAAUCCAUACAACUAGUCACCAACGGUGACCUAGCAGAAUCGUUCUCCCACUGUUCAAUUUCUCACUCAACAGCCAAAUCCGAGACACGAGAUAAGAAACGCCAGGUCAUCUUGAUUUCACCAUCAACCGCCGCAUCCACCAUCCUCACCGACCGCUUCAAAGAGAACUUCGACCCACCAUUAACCUUUGCCAACGACUUCAACGAAUCGCGACUGCACGGGAAAUUCCAAUUCACCGACCACUACAUCAUCCGGGCCGGCAUCAAAAUGGCUCCUCCGCACACCAACCACGGCUGUGAUUGUGUAAACGGACAAUGCAGCUUAAGUUCAUGUAAAUGCUUCAAGAAAACUGUCAGCCACAAACACCAACACCAACACGAACACGACCACAAAAUCUACGAGCAGAAACGCACGUAUACCCAACGACGCGACGGCAUCGUGGUCCUCUCGGACGAAUACAUCGAGCAAGAAUUAAAUCCCAAGGCUAAGCACCAUGAGAUUACGGAAUGCAAUGAAUUCUGCUCGUGCGGACCCAACUGCUGGAACCGCGUCGUCAGUCGCGGUCGCACCGUGCCACUUGAAAUCUUCCAAACCAAAAAAUGCGGAUUUGGGGUCCGUUCGUCCGUUGACAUUGUCAAAGGCCAAUUCAUCGAACUAUAUCUCGGCGAAGUCAUUACCGAAACGGAGUUGUUACGUCGAGAAGAUCAAUCCGACGAGAACGAAUCGUCGUAUAUUUAUUCAUUGGAUUGGUUCGCCGCGGAGAAGAACUAUCACAUUGACGGCGCGUAUUUCGGAUCGGCCAUGCGGUUUGUCAAUCAUUCGUGUAAUCCCAAUACACGGUGUUUCACGGUUCAGAAACACAAGGAAGACAAGAAAGUGUAUUAUCUGGCUUUCUUCGCUAUAAAGGAUAUCAAACGUGGAGUGGAGAUUCGAAUCGAUUAUUCGGGUGCCGGUGGGGCGGUGGAUGAGGAUGAAUUUGAGUUGGAAAUGGCUGGUGGUGAUGGUGCGGGUGGUGGUGAUCCUUCAGAACGGGGGGUGCGUUGUCGUUGUGGAGAGAAGAAUUGUAGGAAAAUCCUAUGGGCGCAUGGAACCAAAGCAAGGCAGAGACGGAGGAGGAGACGAGGAGCUGCAUGAAUUCCAGGAUCUUCGAUGUGGCUUGGAGUGGACUGGAAACUUGGAAGUGGAUAGAUAUGUCACUUUCUCUUUUCAGUGAUGACUGUCGACAGCUUGGAUGGGAAUUGGAAAGAUGUUUUUAUUUCAUUUCUGCGGCAUUGGGAUGGGAUUGCAUGCGGACUCUCGAUCAGUGAGCCGUGAGCGAGGGAAUCAACAUGCAUGAAACGAGCAAGGUAUUGGGAUUGUCAAUACUCAUUUGAGCAUUUGAGCGAAACAGCAGGCGAUUUUGAUUGCUAAUUAGUUCUGUCUAUGAUGUUUAGGAGGGCCACUGGAUGACAAUGACCAUGAAGAUAGCAAUGGUGUUGACAUACAGACCCUUGAAAUCCAUGCAUUCAUUCAGACAUUCCAACAAACCAAAACUCUGUUAUACAUGUCGAUCCCUCGUAGACUCAAGCACAGCAUUGCCAUUGCCAG